AUGGCGGCGACGCGGGCGCAGACCGACGGCCCUCCGGCGGGGGCAAAGUGCAAAGUGAAAAUGCCGAAGCUCGAGUUACAACGAUUUAGCGGCGCCGCCACGGAGUGGCAGUCCUUCUGGGAGCAGUUCGAGCAAGCGGUGCACGGAAACGACGGCCUCUCCAACGCAGAGAAGUUUCUGUACUUGCGAUCGGUGCUUUCGGGAAAAGCCACAGCGGCCAUUGCCGGCAUUCAAGUGACUGGGGCAAAUUACACCACUGUCAUCGAACUUUUGAAAGAGCGCUUCGGUCGACGAGACGUGCUGAUUCAAGAACACCUGACUCAGUUACUCGACUUGCCAACUGUACAGAUCGAAAAGGUGCACAUCGGCCUACGUCGACUCUAUGACCACCUGCAACGCAAUAUCGCUGGUCUCACGGCGCUCGGAGUCAAGACAGACAGUUACGGCGCCCUGCUCUCCUCCGCACUCCUGCGAAUGCUGCCAACCGACCUUGUUGUCGGAUACCAUAAGGGACUUUCCGCUGCAAGCAAAGAUGACGCGAUCAGCAUCAAGAGUUUGCAAGCUUUUCUUAAAAGAGAAGUAGAAAGCCGGGAAAAGGCACUGCAACCUGAGGUUGUAGGUGAAGAGGACAUCACAAUCUACCCAUUCGGAGGAGCAGGAAACAUUAUCAAAGAGAAGCGCCGAAGAGUAAAAAUUUGGCUAAGAAGUCAAUACGACCGCAAAGAGCACUCUAUCGAAGCUCUGAAAAUACCGGAGAUCUGCUGUGAUCGGCUUCAUGUUCCUGAGGACAUCCUAAAAGAGGUGCAAGCGGACAUGGAUGAACUGGCAGACGUGACUGUUGCGCCAGCCCAUUUGAUGGGAAGCGGGAUCGACAUUCUUAUCGGUGCUGACUAUUACUGGACUUUGGUGUGUGGUGAAGUCAAGAAGCUGCAAGGUGCACUAGUUGCUGUAAAGACCGAAUUUGGCUGGACUCUACAAGGAGCGAUUCCCAGCAGUAGCUCAGCUGCCUACUGCUCAACCGUGGCAAUGCUUCGUGCCGGAGUGUUCGCCGACACCAACAGCUUGUCCAAGGAGCUGAAAUCGUUUUGGGAACUUGAGAGCAUUGGAAUUAUCGACUCUUGUGCCCAAACGAACGAAGAAAGCGAAGAAGUCAUGAGCUCAUUUUCGGCAUCGGUAGAGAAAAUGGACAAGCGCUAUGAGGUAGCACUGCCCUGGAAACCCUUGAACAUGCAACUCGCCGACAACAAAGCUGUUGCAAAGAAGCGCUUGACUAACCUCACAAAGAAGUUAAUGAAAGAUGAGUCGACACUGAUCAAGUAUGACGAAGCUAUCCGUCAGUACCUGGAUCAAGGGUUCGCAGAACGACUUCCAUCGCAAGAAAGCAACAACGAUGUAAACAGAUUAUACUACAUGCCUCAUCGUGCAGAUUUUAGACCUGACAGCCUUUCGACCAAGAUUAGAGUCGUCUUUGACGCAUCUUCUCACGAUGCAGGUUGUAUAUCUCUGAACGAAGUCCUGGAACCAGGACCGAACUUGAAUCCAGAUUUACUUAAGGUUUUGCUGAACUUCAGAAUUCAUCGUAUUGGAUUAAGUGCAGACAUUGAAAAGGCAUUUCUGCAAAUUUCGGUGCAACCGGCGGAUCGCGAUGCCCUCCGAUUUCUCUGGUAUGCACAUCUUCCAACGAAGGAAGACCCAGAACCUCCUAUUGAGGUCUGGAGAAUGACACGUGUCCCUUUUGGCGUGACAAGUAGUCCAUUCCUCCUCGCAGCCACCGUGCGCCACCAUCUUUCCAUGGCAGGAGAUUAUCCAGAAAUAAGAAAAACGAUCAGCGAGAGCCUUUACGUGGACGACCUCAUAACAGGAGCGAACACAGUGGAGCAGGCUACAGAUUUCUACCGAGGGGCACUAGAUGUCAUGAAUCGAGCAAGCAUGACACUGCGUAAAUGGAAUUCAAAUUCCAAGAAGCUGCAACAGCUGUUCAACGACGAAGGAACCGGAUGCGCCCUUGGCUACGUGGAACGUCCAACAACAAGUGUCUCACGGGUCCUCGGACUUGUAUGGGAUAAGGACAGAGAUCACCUAGCAUUUUCCAUGGAGGCCAUCCUAGAUUUCCUAGACCGAAACAGCAACACCAAACGAUUCAUUCUUCAAGCAUCGGCUCGUAUAUAUGACCCACUUGGUCUUAUUUCUCCGGUCACAGUUACAACCAAGUUGAUGUUUCAAACACUGUGGGAAUUGGGUACUGAGUGGGACGCCCCUCUGCCUGAAGAAGUCAAAGCGGCUUGGACGCAGUGGCACACCCAGCUACACCAUUUAACGGACAUAACAGUGCCAAGACGAUAUGGUAGCUUACCCAACGAUAGCUGGAAGGAAGUACACAUCUUCACAGAUGCCAGCCCCAAAGCACACGGCGCAGUUGCAUAUUUGCGCAUCUCCGGGGUCAAGGAAGCAAAGGUUACUCUGGUCGUCUCAAAGUCCCGAGUAGCACCAAUUAAGAGAAUUUCUCUUCCAAGACUGGAAUUGAUGAGCAUGGUGAUAGGUGCUCGACUGAAGGAAUAUUUGGAGCGGUCACUGAGCCUUCCAAUAGCCAAAUGGUAUCUGUGGACUGAUUCAUCUAUUGCGCUGCAUUGGGUGCGAGGUCCCGCACAACAAUGGAAACCCUUUGUCGCCAACAGAGUGUUGGAAAUUCAGCAGCGAUCGGAUCCAGACAUCUGGAAUCACUGUUCUGGGAGCGAAAAUCUCGCCGACCUUUUGACAAGGGAAGUCACACCUCAGGUACUCAAGUCGAGCUCACUUUGGUGGAAUGGACCUGCUUGGCUUUCGAAGCCAUCUACUUGCUGGCCGAGGCAUGAAGGCACCGCUGACAUGAUCAUCGCAGAGGAGGAAAGAAGAACCCUUCGCGUACACAACGUGACUGUAAAGGAAUCUGUCUUGCCUCUGCAGAAAUAUAGCUCCCUCUCUAGACUGGUUCGAGUGACAGCCUGGGUUUUGCGAUUUUUCCACAACGCCAAGCACCCCGGCCAAAAAUACGAGGGACCCACCACGACCGAGGAAGUUCAAAAGGCACAUACUUGUUUGAUUCUUCAAGUACAAUUGGAGGCCUUCCAAGAGGAACUCCAGUGUCUUCGCCGCUCGACACGCAUGCCAAGCGAUUCCCCGAUACGUGAUCUCAGCGUCAUCUACGACGAUGAUGGAGUGCUGAGAGUGGGAGGAAGGCUUGGUGCAGCCGAUUUGUCCUACAACGUGAAGCAUCCUGUCAUCCUACCGUCGAGACAUCCCUUCACAGAGCUAACGAUCAGCGCAGCCCACCGCCGUCUCCUGCAUGCCGGCGCACUGGAGACUCUUACCGAACUGAGGGAAAUGUACUGGAUCGUGCGUGGAAGGCAAAUGGUGAAAAAGGUGCUUAAGAAAUGUGUGACUUGCAACCGUUUCAACAGCCGAGCUGCUACUGAGCCAGUCGCUCCUCUACCUCGUGAGAGGGUGACACAAGCUCCACCCUUUGAUGUUACCGGUGUAGAUUUUGCUGGUCCACUGAACACAAAGGAUCAAGGAAAUAACCGGAAGUCUUACAUCGUUAUUUUCACAUGUGCAGUGACCAGGGCAAUACACCUUGAAUUGGUGACCGACAUGUCCACCUCAAACUUCCUGAUGGCUUUCCGAAGAUUUAUCUCGAGAAGAGGAGUUUGUCGAGUGAUCUUUUCUGACAACGCCAGGACAUUCCAGCGCGCUUCUAAGGAUCUAAAGCGACUAUGGACAACAAUAAGAGGAGAAGAAAUUCACAACUUCUUCACUAGCCACCAGAUCCGCUGGAAAUUUAUAGCUGAGGAAGCUGCUUGGUGGGGAGGAUUCUGGGAAAGAAUGGUUCGGUCCGUGAAAACAUCGUUGAAGAAGGUCUUGGGGAACAGCUACUGCAACUUCGAGGAGCUCACGACAAUCCUAACUGAAAUCGAAGCUGUCAUCAACUCUAGACCCCUGACCUACGUCUACACAGAGGCGAGCGAACCCGAACCUCUAGCACCAUCGCACUUUCUAGUGGGAAAGCGACUGACCACUCUUCCUGACAGUGGUUCCGCUACAGAGGUGGCUCAGCCCCCUGGACGAGUCCACGAGACCGCCUUCCGCAUUCUCAGCUCGCCCUCCGCAAACCCGCCCCGCCAGGUGGAACUAAUCUGGGUGCCUGCGCACUCUGGGAACCCCGGCAACGAAGCCGCCAAUGACCACGCCCGAGGUCUCAUCAACCGGGCGGCGGCGGAAUCGGAGUCGAGCUCUUCCCGGGAGCGCAUGCACUCUUUCAGCGAGCUGACCCAGGCACAUCGCGCCGAACGUCAGCUAUACCCCCCGCCCCACCAAUCCCUUGGCAACUAUCACCAAAUACUAUGGCGCCGCCUCCAGACCCGCACCCUUCCCUCCCCCUAUUUCCUCUCCCGCAUCCGCCCGGGAGCAUACACCCCCUCGUGUGCUCAAUGCACUCACCCCCAUGCUACGCUUACCCACAUUCUCCUUGAAUGCCCGGCGGACCCUCCCCCGCGGGGCCCGGAGCUCCUAACUACAUGGGAGGAAUGGGAGACCCUUCUGCGCUCGACGGACCCGGCCAGGCAGAAGAUCGCCACUGACCGGGCCGCCCACGUCAUGGAACUCCAUGAACUCACAAACGUAUAG